AUGCUCAAGUGUCGAAACGACAUCGUCUGCCGCUCAUGUUUGGCUGGUCGCGCAAAGCAGCCUCCACAGGCAUGGCGGCCGGCUUCAUACAGCACCCAAGCCUCUCAAACCGCGAGCAAAGCAAGGCUACGAACUCGAUCACGGCCCAAUGAAGACAUCACACGCCAGCCUACGAGAGAGGAGAUGGCUCGCUACUUGGAGGGCCUCAAAAACCUGCGGACUCCUGACAAGGCAAAGUCCAAUGCGGAAGACUUUUCCGUCCGAUUCUUCGAGCAGGGCGACCAGAAUCGAAAAGAGCUGUCCAACGAACAAGCCUUUGAGGAGUCUUUAAGUGGCAUCGGCGCCUCUGAAUUGCGAGACGAUCUUGUCAACCUCAGGGCAAAAUUCGGUAAUCAAGACGAUGGAGAUGCCUUUAGGGACGUUCUGAAGGCGAUGGGCGAGGACUGGGGCAAGAUCAACUCCGCAGAAGAUGUCGAGAAGGUUAUAGCAAAGAUGGAAGACUACGCACGGUCGAUCGAUGCCGAAAUAGAACAAGCAAGCACUGAUCUACCGAGGGGAGUGCUAGAACAGCUCAUCGGGGACGUACCUGAAUUGUCGCUGGAAGAAGUCGAGACUCGAGACUCGAUACCACAAGUCCGCAUAAACCUCGAUGAGACAAAACCAAACCGAAGGCGAAAACUCAACACAUUCAACUCCGUUGUAUCACGCUUCAUUCUAGCGGAAAGGGAAUCAGGGUUGAAGCAAAAGGCCGUGCAAUCCCUAUACAAGUCGUAUCAUGCGACGAGACCGGCGUUAGCCCAGAAUUGGAACGAUGUUCCACCCGCUUUGUGGGAGGUCCUCUGGAGAGCAUUCUCGAGUGAAAAAGACAGCCCCAGCAGCAUAUCACGGAUAGCCCGGCUUGCUAGAGACAUGAGCGAUGCCAAGGCUACCCUUCGUCCUGCUCAACAGGUCCUAGCCAUCGAAGCCAUCUUUGUUGACGGAUGGGAGUCCAAGGCCAUUGAAAAUUGGAAACGAUGUAUUAGCACACUAGGGGCCGAAAACUCAGAGACAUUCCAAGACUUUUGGGAGCUCGGCGCCAGGAUGUACUGCCGUGUAGGCGAUCUGGCGCAAGCCGAACGAGCGAUAAAUAAGCUUCUUGGGCGCAACAUGAGCCCGCGUAUCUUGAUUCCUCUUAUCCGAACAUGCUGUGAACAGGGAACAGAAGAAGGUCGACAGAAGGCGUGGGCUACCUAUCGCCAAAUGAGGGAGCUCCUAGGGAAAGAAAUGACACUUACAGACUACGACCAGGUCAUUUCAUAUUUCCUGACUGCCCAUCAGGUUGAGAAUGCCCUGUACGCUUUUGUGGACAUGAUGAGCGACGGCCGGAUUGAUAUGACGCGGCAAAGACACCUACCUUCCGUCAUUGCAAACAAAUUCUUCCUGGGCAAGUGGCUGAAGCGACUCAUCGGCGCUGGAGAAUUGGAUGGAGCUUUCAGCGUAAUGGAGUUUAUGCGAGCCAGGGGAGUUGAGGCUUCGCCGAUUCAAUUGAACGGUCUCAUUGGGGCAUGGCAACGGUCUGGUGGUGCUGAGGAUCUUGAAAAGGCUGAUAAACUUGGCUGGGGCAUGAUUGAGUCCAGACUGAAGUUUGUCGCCGACAGAAAGUCAGGCAGUCGUCCGAGAAUUACCGCCAACGAAAUCUUCAUGGACGCUUAG